AUGUCAAUUUCAGUACCUCGCUAUACACGAACACUUCUCGUCCGUAGGACUCAUGGGGUAUCACAAGCCAAACGAUACAUCUCUGCUUCAUCCUCCGAGCCGCACGCUUACCUUCGACCGUUACUACAGAGCAAACAAGAUGCAGAAGGCGACCAAGGGCAGCUGGAAAGUGUGAUGUGCUUGGUGCUGAACAGGCCCAACACCAAGAAUGCUCUAAGUGUGCGAAUGGUGGGGGAAAUGAGGGAAGCAUUAGCUAAAUUGAAUUCGAUGUGUUUGACCUCAGCAAGGAUAUUACUCUUACAUUCCUCUCAGCCAGGUAUUUUCUGUUCAGGAGCAGACUUGAGAGAACGAGGAACUAUGACACAAGGACAAGUAUCGAAUUUUCUUGACUCACUUCGAGAUUUAUUGAAAGAAUUAGAAGGGAUUAGAAUACCUUCAAUAGGUGUGAUAGAUGGUUAUGCUUUAGGUGGAGGUGCUGAAUUAGCUUUAGGAUGUGAUCUAAGAGUUGGAGGCGAAAAUACGAAAAUCGCUUUGCCAGAAACUAAACUUGGUAUAAUACCAGGUGCGGGUGGCACACAACGAUUAACUCAUUUAAUAGGGAUCUCAAAAGCGAAAGAAAUGAUUUAUACAGGUAGACACAUUGAUGGGAUUGAAGCUGAGAGGAUUGGCCUGCUGAAUAGAUAUUCCCCCACAACGUCCUCACCAUUGAAAGAAGCUCUGCUCCUAUCAUGUCAGAUACUCUCUUCCGCACCUUUGGCGUUAUCAGCCGCGAAAUCUGCGAUCUCCUCAGCGGGUAGGUUAUCUUUAGAAGACGGUUUAGAUUUAGAAAGGAACGUUUAUAACGCACUGCUAGAUACUGAAGAUAGACAAGAGGGUUUGAUGGCUUUUAAAGAGAAGAGAAGGGCUGUUUUCAAAGGAAAAUGA